AUGCGUCGAAAGUACGCGCAGCCAGCCCUUCCGACGCUUUACUUCAAGGAUGGCAUCCUCUCUGUCCCCGGCUAUGCUUUCGAGAAGGCGGUACCAUGGGAGGACACUGGUAGCAUGACGCUUCUCGCGGAAGGGGCCAAUCUGCAAGAUGGCACAAGCGUGCUGGCCAAGAUCGUCCCUGCUCAUUCAAAUGCGUCCCUCUUCCUCGAGCGCGAGGCCCACAUACUUGAGAGAAUGGCCACCUCUCCGGAGUCUUCCAGCACCAUUCUGCAGAUGAUCGACUUCUUCACGAUUCCCAAAACCAAUGGCGACUGUGUCGUCCUUCUUCUAUUCCAUCCCGGGUUGAACGUUCUCGGCCGUUACUUUCCGCCUGCGAAGGUCAACGAUCUUCUAUUGGGCGACAUCUCUAGAGCCGGGCCAGCCUCCGGGAACCGCGACAUCCUCAUGACGGGCGUGGAAGAACCGUAUGCAAUGGAAGAGAUGGAGGCCAUUGAGAUCAUGGACCUAGCGACCUUUCUUGAGUUCGCCAUUCAAGCCACGCAUUGUCUGGAGAUGGUGCAUCGUAACAACAUUGUCCACCGAGAGGUCCGUGCCAAUGCGUUCCAUCUGAAUCAUCACAGCGGCCUGGUGCGUCUUGUUCAUUUCGGCAACCGCGCGGUGUCGCUCGAGGAGUACGGCGUUCCGUCAGAGUACGUACUCCAGGCAGAUCAAUUGGACGAGGACAAUAAGUUCAAAGUGAAGGAGGCACUCUCGUACUUCGCUCCGGAGCAAACAGGGAGCAUGGAGAAUCUCCCUGAGGACCAUAGGACGGACCUGUACUCUCUUGGUAUCAUGUUUUGGACGCUCCUCGUCGGCCGCGGUACUCUGCCGUUUGAAAGUGGUCCUCUGGACCUUCUCUACGCCGUCGUCCACAAACGUCCAAUGCCCGUCCAUGAAAUCCGCCGUGACAUCCCGCAAGUCCUCGCGAUCAUCAUAGAGAAGCUCCUCUACAAGUCGCCGGAUGCACGAUAUCAAAGUGCCUACGGUCUCAAGCAAGAUCUCCUUGAGUGUCAGCGACGACUGCUGGCCGCCGUCGCCCUCUCAUCCGACGGCCCCACGGAGCUCAUCCCCUCAUUCGAAAUUGCUACCGGGGAUCGUUGCAUGGACUUCACUAUCCCCGGCCUCCUCUUCGGCCGAGACAAGGAGCUCGAGACGAUUCGAAACAUCGUCAGACAUACGUCCACAAGCUACUCGAGACAGAUUGCCACCUCGCGCGGGCCCUACGUCGUCAGCUCAAGUAACUCUGGCGGGACUAGCAACGUCACCACGGGAGAAGAGCGUAGCGACUCCAUGUCCUCGAAAAGUGAAGCCUCUGGUCAGAUGGCCCAAUCACCCGACUCUCCGGGAUCGAAGUUUUCUACGGUGGACCAGUUCCAGAGUUCUGCAGCAUCGGGUACUUCUGGUCCCAGCACCGUGACGGCAGGGUCGAUGACGGCAAGCGAUGGACUGCGAAGAGUCGCUCUGGCACCUUCACAUAGUAGGGCCCGGACGCAUGCUGCGAUCAUCCUUGGACCCCCUGGAGCUGGAAAGAGUUCCCUCAUCCUUGCUCAGCAGGCCAAGUGGCGCGCCCAUGGUCUGUGGGGUCAGGCCAAGUUCACUGAAGUAGAAACAGGGCCGUUCGCAUCGCUGCUUGCAUGCCUGUCACAUGUACUCAGGCAACUUAUAGUGUUUAACUCGGACCUGCAUCGUUUCGUCAACGACCUCAAGCAACGCCUAGGGCCCCAGCUGCAGAACGUUCCUCUUCUAUAUGAAGGCGCACCGGAGCUCAAGACCAUCUUCUCCAUAUUCGGUCUUACAAUUGAUCUGCCCCAAGAGACGCUGGAGACCAGCGAACUUCCUGCGCGUUUCCAGUCACUGGUCGAGAACGUGUUCGCUGUGUUGGCGGAAACCCGGCUAUUUGCACUCUUCCUUGAUGAUCUCCAUGAAGCGUCAGAUUCCUCUUUGGAAUUGAUCAACGCUCUGGUCAACUCGCGUACACGCCUGCUCAUAUUCGGCACUGUCCGUUCCGACAAACAGGAGAGGGUAGACAGAAUCCGUCAGACGUUUGCGACAAAGGCGUCGACGUGGAUCACCCUGGAGCCUCUGAGUUACCCUUCAGUCUCGACGCUGGUUGCACGAACACUUCACCGCCCAAAGGAGGACGUCGCGCAUCUGGCUCGCAUUGUGCAUGGAACUUCCGAAGGCAACGCUUUCGCUGCCAGGAACCUCUUGACUACUCUCUACAGGCAGAAACAUAUUUGGUACGACUGGGAUCGCAACUACUGGCAGUUCAAUAUUGCGGAAAUCGAGAAGAACCUCCUAGACAAGAAAGUCUCCACCGAACCAGGGAAUCUCGCUUUCCUCGUCGAUCAUCUACGCCAGCUUCCUGAAGACGCCCGAAAGUUCAUCAUGUGGGCGUCGUUCUUCGGCCCAACUUUCAAGGUUACAGAGGUUGCUUUACUCAUGGACUGGGACGAUUCAGAGGAAAGCAACAGCAGCGGUACCGAAGAUGAUAUCAAGGACAUGUGGAAUAUCUCCAAAGCGGUCAGCAUCUUGAAGGAGAGUACCACGAGGCGAUCUGUUCGGGGAUUGCAGACUGCUAUCACCGAAGGCUGGCUGGUGCAACGGGCACGCGACAUGUGUACCUUCGCACACGAUCGGUAUAGACAAGCUGCGCAAGCUGAGGCCGAAAACCAGUCUGAGGAGAGCACGGCCAAGAUGUCUUUCAGGAUCAUACUGAUGAUGCUGCACGACGCGGAUGAUGACGCUCCGGACAUCUACCGGGUCGCAGAGCAUGCCAAACGAUGCUUGCCACUACUGCGGGAAUUCGCAAAGAGAGACGAGCUGCUUGAAAUGUCUCUAAACGCCGGCGAUUCAGCGAGAGCCCGCGGCGCACACGAGCUGGCUCUUCAAUCCUACAUGAAUGCACGUUCGCUUCUGGAUGAGGACUCGUGGAAGACCGAUGUUGCGAGAACUUCUUCCCUUUUCAUGAGACUUGCGGAGAUGUAUACGUGGAAAGCCGAAUUCAAUAUCUCUGACAACUUACUCCAGGAGUGCCUGUUGCGGUGCGAACAUCCCGAGGACAAGGCGCGAAUCCUUCGCCUGCGGUCCCGAAAUCACUGGAUGCGAGGGAACUACGGCGCGGCUUUGAACGACAACACCCUUGGCUUGCAUCUUCUGGGCGUAGACGUAAACACGGCACCUUCACGACGAGAGGCAGACAUCAUGUUCGAGCUGGUCAAGAAUGAGAUCCUCGCUGUCGGUUUCGACGACAUCCUCAACAUUCCUCGGGCGCGCGACAGUCGCACCGAUCUCGCGAUUGGUUUGCUCAACGACGCCGGCACGAAUGCGUACUGGAGCCCAGGAGAAGGCUUCGCCGACGUCAUCGGGCUCACGACUGUUCAAUUGGCCUUGCGGGCCGGUAUGUGUCCUGGCACCGCCUUGGGCUUCUUCUGGGCAUUAGGAGCGGCGGCGGAGAGACGGGAGCUCUUCCGCUUCUCAACUGACCUUGGCAAGCUUGCGCUGCGCAUUGCGGACCAGUAUGGCACAAGUUUCGAGAAGUGCCGGGCCUUGGUUCUAUAUGUCUCCAUGGUGUCCGGGUUCGAUAACGUGCACAUCCGUGCCAAUAUCCCUCGACUGGAAGAGGCGAUCAAGUACGGACAAGGCGCUGGGGAUAGGGUGUUCACCAGCUUCUCGAGUGUUCACCUUGUUCUCACGAGGCUGUACAUCGGCGACCACCUGAGCGAAGUCGUCGUUGCUGGGGAAGAGUCACUCACAGAUGUUCAACUGUGGACAUCAAGCCUGGGUGUGUCUAUGUUGGCUCAAGGAACACUGAAUUGCAUCCGAGCUCUCGGAGGCUACACAGUCGCUCAUUCUGCGGAAACGGCGUUCGACACAGAUACGUUCAUCGAAUCUGAGUAUCUCCAGGAAAAUGCAAGUUUCGAGCAUGUUAAGGUAGUGAUGAAUUGGUACAAUUCAUUCAAGCUUGUCGGGCUGUUCUGCCUAGGAUUUGUGGAGGAGGCAGCUGCUCUCGGCUUCUACGUCUGGGACACCAGGGACAGUAACCCCAAUCAUCGUCACAUCCGAUACGCACUCUUCUUUCACUGUCUCGCCCUAAUUCAUCGCAUCCGGAAUGGCGGUCUCCCGGUAGAAGAGCGGGCGCACUGUUUCAAACAGGUCGAAGCAAAUCAGUCGUACAUCCGCAAGUGGUUGUCGCCAAGUCCAGUCAACACCAGCGCUUGGGUUGCAUUGAUCGACGCAGAGAUCGCUUCUUUGACGAACAACCCGGAUGCUUUCAAGCUGUACGACGUCGCAGUCAAACUGGCAAUGACCAACGACUGGAUGUUAGAGGGAGGUUACGGAUUGUAUCUGCAAGGUUCCCACUUUGUUCGUUGCGGCGUAGAAAACCUUGGAGGAGAGCUACAACGACGAGGUAUCGCACGUCAAGCCCAAUGGGGAGCAAGAGGCGUCGUCAACCACUUGAGCUCCCUUUUGGAAACGCGAUCCCAACCUGCGCCACUCAAGAGGCAAAUCUUCACUUCGGAUGUUGCCGUGCAAACUGACAGUGUCAUUGUAACCCAGCAAAGUUUCACGAGCCCCUUGGAUCGAACAAGUCUUGACGCAACUGAGGAGGAGCAAAUCUCGACUUUGACCGCUGCUGACCUGGCGUCUAUUCUGAAGUGGAGCAAGGAGAUCUCAGGCGACAUCAACCUCUCGAUGGCUCUGCAGCGAUUGACUGAGAUUGCUACGGAGAUCUCAGUCAGCCAGAACACAUGCGUCGUCAUCGCGCGGGAGGCUGGAGACUACACUGUAGCAACAAGCAUGAACUCCCCUGAAGCGUGCAAAGUGCAUGAGAACCCUAUAUCCAUCCGCUCCAUCGUCGAUCCACUGCGUCGGACUGUCAUCCAGCAUGCUCUCAAUAACAAGGAGCGGGUCUACUACGAGGAUAUCAUGACAGAACCUCGAUUCGCAAAUGAGGCCGCUCAGAGCCCUCAUCGCUCCGUUAUCUGUAUCCCCAUCUUCAGCAACCGCGGCCAGACCUUUGGCGCCGUGUACCUGGCCUCGAAAUACGCGUUCUCCCCAAAUAUUGUGACCAUGUUGACGCUCCUGUGCCAGCAAGCAAGCAUAGGGAUCUCGAAUGCUCUCUUGUUCAGGUCUGUGCAGGCGGGGACCAAGGAGAACCUUAAGAUGAUCUCGGCGCAACGCGACGCUUUGGAGGCUGCUCGAAAGAGUCGUGGGGAUGCUCUGAAGGCUACUAAGAUCAAGAGCAACUUUUUGGCAUCUAUGAGUCACGAGCUCCGAACGCCGUUCAGUUCCUUCUAUGGACUAUUGGAUAUCCUGAGUGGCACGGAACUCAAUGCUGGACAAAGAGAGAUUGUACAAACUGCGAAGCAGUCGUGCGAGCUGCUCUUGAGGAUCAUCGACUCUAUCCUCGACUACAGCAAGCUUGAGGCAGACGCUGUCAAAUUAGAGUAUUCGGGUUUCUCCGUCGAGAAUCUGCUUGCAGACUGCAUGGAGCUCCUCCUUCCCAUGGCUGCGAGGAAGCUGGACCUCUCGUUCAACAUCGAGCCGGAUGUUCCCCCUUGGGUCAAGUCUGAUUAUGCGAGAAUACGUCAAGUGCUGAUGAACCUUAUUGGCAACGCGGUCAAGUUCACCGCCAAUGGUUUCGUCCGACUCACUUGCGCCGUCGACCCCAACGUGGCGAGGACAUCCACGGAGAUAUCACUCAGAUUCUCCAUACAGGACACCGGCAUUGGAUUGAGUCGAACGGAUGUCGAUCAACUCUUCGUUCCCUUCCAGCAAGCCGAUAACUCUUCGACAAGGCGCUUCGGUGGCACAGGUCUAGGACUAUCGAUUUCCCGGCAACUCGUCAAGCUCAUGGGAGGUGUCAUUGGUGUGGAAUCUGAGCUCAACGCUGGUUCAACGUUCUGGUUCACACUCCCCGUCAAGAUAUUCGAGUCAGAAGAGUCAAGACAGACCCUGGCAGAAGUCGAACGUCUUCGCUCGUUCUUGACGAAUCCCCAGCCGCUGCGCAUCCUUGUGGGUUCCGCCUCCACUACGACUCAAGCGAUGCUCAGCACCAUGUUGAGCGGAUUCUCGGUCACCCCCAUCUCGAGCAUCAACGAAGUCGAGCCUCUUCUUCACAGUGCCGAGUUCCUCUCGCAACCCCUCGACUUUGUAAUCCUUGACGACCAGUCGGAGAGCCGCGCUGAUGAUCUAACGCGUUUCAUACGUUCAUUGUCGCAUACGGCUUUACAAGACACGAAGGUCGUCCAUUUCUUCACACCAACAACGGACAAUCUUGCUGGGGCCCCGAUGCUCCGGGACGACACAGCGUCGCCGCCUGGCAUUGUGCGAAUGACGAAACCUCCCCGACAGCUCAAGUUGUUGCAGGUCCUCGCAAGCUUGAAGAACGUUCUUGACCACAUCCCGUUGCGUCCGAUCAUAGAUUCGGCGGUCCUCCGUGAAGAACAUGCGUUGGCCCAACGAACGCUGUAUGGGAACGUACUCGUGGCAGAGGACAAUCCCGUCGCGCAGAAGCUUCUUAUCAAGCAGCUGGAGCGAUAUGACAUCAAUGUCAUCGCGACAUCAAACGGCGAGGAAGCAAUAGCGGAAUGGGAGAGCCAUGAGCCUGGAUACUUCACUGCGGCGCUCUUUGACCAUCAUAUGCCCAUCUUGGACGGCGUCGAAGCCUGCAAAAGGCUGCGCAUUGUUGAAGGGAAAAGGAAGGUGCCCUUUGUGCUACCUAUCGUCGCUCUUAGCGCGGAUUGCCAGGAAUCCACAAAGCAGCUCUGUUUGAGCGCCGGCAUGAAUGGCUUCUUCAGUAAACCACUCAAGAAGAAUGACUUAUUGUCCUUGCUCGGAAUGUUUGCCCCUGCCUCGUCACAACGCCCGUCGCCUUCACCUACAUCGCCGUGA